AUGGCUUUCCGCUACCUCAUCUCUUUCUGCGCCCUGGUGGCCUGUGCCAAUGCCGGUCUCCUGGCCAGCCAUGUGGCCAUUGCCAAUCCCUCGGUGGACGCCGUUGCCUCCACCCAGCAGAAUGUGGUGCGCUCCUUCGGCGGCACUGUGUCCAGCUACUCGAAGGCGGUGGACACCCCGUACUCCAGUGUGAGGAAGAGCGACACCAGGAUCCAGAAUAAUGUCUACACUCCGGCUAUUGCCAAGACCACCUAUGCUGCUGCUCCGCUGUACACCCAGGCCACACCCAUUGUGGCCAAGACUCUGGUCCAUGCUCCAGCUCCCGUCGUCGAGAAGACCAUCUAUGCUCCGGCUCAUGCUCCUGUUCUGGCCAAGACUGUGUACUCCGCUCCAGCUCCAGUUGUAGCCAAGACUGUCUACUCCGCACCUGCUCCGGUUUAUGCUGCUCCAGCUCCCGUCCUGGCCAAGACUGUCUACUCUGCUCCUGUGGCCAAGGCUGUUUAUGCUGCGCCCGCCCCAGUUUAUGCCGCUCCUGCUCCAGUGGUGGCCAAGACUGUGUACUCUGCUCCUGCUCCCGUUGUGGCCAAGACCGUCUACUCCGCCCCAGCUCCCGUUUAUGCUGCUCCCGCACCCGUUCUGGCCAAGACCGUGUCCUACGCCGCCCCACUGGCCACCACCAAUGUGAACCACGGACCCGCCGCCACCACCUACACCCACAAUGCCCCCGCCCUCGGCGUCUCCAGCUACGGCAGCUCCCAGACGGUCCACUACUCCCCCGCCGAGAGUGUGUCGCACAUGAGCUUCGACGGAUUCGGAACCCACUGGGGUUUCUAG